AGGCAGCGCUGCAAACCAGACUUGGAGCUUGUAAUUCGACUGAAGAAAGAUACACGUGACAUAAAGAUGUCGUUUAUUAAAGAGGAGAGUGAAGACAUCAGGAUUGCAGAAGCAUUCAACAUCAAACAUGAAGAUACUGAGGAACAAAAAGAAAUUCAGCUGGAAUAUUCCCAUCCGUUUACAAGUGAAGACGAGCAUCAAAGCUUCAUUGAGAUAUGUGUAGAGGAGAUGGGAGAUCCAGAACCCUGCAGAAUCAAACACACUGAAGAUACUGAAGAACUAACAGUGUUAAUUGAAGAAAAUGAGGACAAUGAAGAAUUAAGAGAAGUUGAGCACUUCAAAGUUGAGGGAAAAAAUCACUUUAAAACUGAAGAAGAACCUUUGAAGUGCUUUCAAAGCAAACAGCUCAUAUUAAAGAAAACGAGAGCCAAGAAAUCUUUCACCUGUACUCAGUGUGGAAAGAGAUUGACAUGCAAAUAUAAUCUUGAUGUUCACAUGAGACUUCAUACUGGAGUGAAACCAUACAAGUGUUCACACUGUGAGAAGAGAUUCAGUCGAUCAGAUCACCUGAAAAGACAUGAGAUAAAUCACUUUGAAAAGAAACCAUACAAGUGUUCACACUGUGACAAGAGAUUCAGUCGGUCAGAUCGCCUAAAAAAACAUGAUAUAAUUCACUCUGGAGAGAAGCUAUACAAGUGUUCACACUGUGACAAAAGAUUCAGUCAAUUAGAUCACCUAAAAAAACAUGAGAUAAAACACUCUGGAGAGAAACCGUACACAUGUGAUCAGUGCGGGAAGAGUUUCUCACAAUCAGCAAAACUUGUGCAUCAUAUGAACAUCCACACUAGAGAGAAACCAUUCACUUGUGUUCAGUGCGGGAAGAGUUUCUCAAAAUCAUCAAAACUUAAGCAUCAUAUGAACAUCCACACUGGAGAGAAACCUUACACAUGUGAUCAGUGUGGGAAGAGUUUCUCACAAUCAUCAAAACUUAAGGAGCAUGUGAACAUCCACACUAGAGAGAAGCUGUAUUCAUGUGGUCACUGCGGAAAAACAUUUUUGUGGGCUACAAACCUGACUACACACCUAAAAGUUCAUUCGAAGGAGAAACCACAUUCGUGUUAUUUGUGUGGAAAGAGUUUUUCAUUAUUACAAAGUUUAAAAUUGCAUCAGAAGAUACAUGCUGGUGUGAGAGAGUAUGUGUGCUAUGGGUGUGAGAAGACCUAUACUUCAGCGAAGUGUUUAAAAAAGCAUGAGAGGAUUCACACUGGAGAAAAACCUUACAAGUGUUCACACUGUGACAAGAGAUUCAGUGUUUCAUCAAGUCUGAAAACACAUGAAAGGAUCCACACUGGAGAGAAACCUUACAAGUGUUCAUACUGUGACAUGGGAUUCAGUAUGUCAUCAAGUCUGAAAACACAUGAGAGGAUCCACACUGGAGAGAAACCUUACAAGUGUUCACACUGUGACAAGACAUUCAGUCAGUCAGCAAAUCUGAAAAAACACGAGAGGAUCCACACAGGAGAGAAACCUUACAAGUGUUCACACUGUGACAUGAGAUUCAGUGUGUCAUCAAGUCUGAAAGCACAUGAAAGGAUUCACACUGGAGAGAAACCUUACAAGUGUUCACACUGUGAUAAGAGAUUCAAUCAUUCAGUAAGUCUGAAAACACAUGAGAAGAUCCACACUGGAGUGAAUCCAUAUAACUGAACUGUAUCUGGGACGUGUUUCAAUAAUUCAUCUUCUCUACACAGUAAUACAAAGAACAUUCACAGUGAGUAGAUCAUCUUCAGAUUCAGCACUUUAAGAUCUGAUUCGCUUCAUCAAAUGUUAUCAAACGAUAACACAUCAAGCAUUGAAAUAUCAUCUGUAUAAAUCUGUUCUAACCAGACAUUACAAUUGACUUGACGAAGAAAUAUCAUCUAAAGUUUUCACAGUGAGUAAAAGUUGAUCUUCAAAAGUUGAUUCAACUGUGAGAUUAAGAUCAACUCAAAGAUGGAGUUCCUCACCAUAGAACAAUGUCAAAAUGUUUUAUUCUUAUAUAUUGUUUUAUUUUUGUUUGACAUUUUAUUUCAUGAUAGAAAUGAUAUCAGUGUACUUUUCUUUCAAUUGUCUUAUAUGUGUCACUUGUAGUUUGCUUUCUCUUUUAUUAAGGAAAGUAGAAGUUUUUACAAACCGUUCUUGUUCAAGGAGCUGUAGAAGAGACCAUAACACUUAAGAAAGACUGAGAUUGUAAUUUGGUUCUAAACGGUGCUAAAUAUCCUCAAACUAAAGCACAAAGAUCUGGCAAACUAUCCAAUCUGUUGUUGCAGCAUUGAGCAAUUUAGCCAAUUAAAGACUCAUUGUGCUCAUAAGUUUACAUACCCCUUGCAGAAUUUGCAAAUAUGUUAAUAAUUUUAAAGGGGUCAUAUGAUGCGAUUUCAACUUUUCCUUUACAAGCUCUUUGUGCAUAAAGAAGGUAUUUGAAGAUGAAUUCUUUAUCAAAGUUAACCGUCUGGAGUCGAUCCUCGCGUAUAUGCGUGUUGAGGCAUCUUCUCCUGAUAACCCCAAAAAGAACUUAAAUUACGCUUUCAGUUUUGAUCGUACAGAUAAGAGCAAUACACAAAUCAAAUCUGUAAAGGGUCUCCUUUUAUUUGUAUCCACACAUAAUAACAAUAAAACUUUGAGCAUUUAUAAAAUAAACAAGAAAACAAACAAGGUGAGCUGUCUGCAGUGAUCUUCAUUUAGAAACCUGUCAUUAAAAUGAACUGUAACUCAGUGAAUACUCAACGAAGAGAUGUGAGAGAUACAUCUAUCGAAAGCUUGAAAUGUCUACUUUUAACUACUAAGUUAAAAAAGCAACUACUAAGCAAGUGCUACCGAAAACAAAUAUUCUGUGAUAAAGUAAUCCAUUUGAAACCAACGCGAUGUCCAGUCCUUCACGUCUCCCUUCAUUAUAUCUGAUCUGACCACGCUACUGACUAGAACAUGCUAUUGAGAUCAUAAUGUUCCACAUGAAGCUUGCGGCUUGUAAACGUCCAUACCACAGAAAAAAAAGUAUCGAGACUGUUAGUUUUAUUUAUUUUAUUUUACUGUUUGCUUCACGCUGUUACAAACAAUGCUGUUCUUAAAAUUUUUCACAAAAAAAGAAAAAAAGAAAAAAUAUUCUCAGUACUUUUCAACAUUAAUAAUAAUAAAUUUAGUUGAAAGCAGCAAUUCCGGCGAAAAGUACUCAACUGGCAAAUUGAGGAGCUAAGAAUGGAAUGGAGCAUCACCCCAAAUUUCUUUGGGGAAAACAAGAUGGCGCCAUUGUGCGUGGCUUGCCGUCUGUCACUGUCAUUGCUAUGUGUGUUUUUGCUGUUUGUUUUAUUUUUUGCCUGGGAUGUCGACUCUCUAUUGGUGUACGAUCGCCAAACACUGCUGGAUCUGUGAUUUCUGCUGAAAAUAUAGUAAAAUUGGAUGAUGGUGGACGUGAAACUUUGCCCCCCCUCCUGGCGAAGCUCCCAGAUCACCUUUGGUGUGCCCCGGCUCCACCUUCUCGAAGUAAGCACCGAAGAAAGCGCACCCGCCGCCGGGGAAAACGCAGCGGCCGGCUGGUGAGGUUGAAGGCCCGUCUUGCAUGUUGUUCUACUCCUUUCUGGACCGAGUUUGGAGUCGUGCCUAGUCUCGUUAUACCUCGACGCUCGCUGGACUCUGUCGAUGCCUGGCUGGUACUUGUCGUCGGCCCGGAAGAGGUGUUCCAGUCCUGCGGCCCCUGCUCUCCUCAUCUCCGCUGGCGCGGAGUGAAUCACAGCAACUUGCGCUCUCUGUGUCGGGUUUCACGAACAUCCAGUGCCGCGGACCUGCCGGUUCCUGCCAGGUUUGGGCUGGUAAAUGCUAGAUCUCUAGCAAGUAAGACUUUUGUAUUAAAGGAUUUUUUAAUGUCCCGAGGAUUGGAUUUCCUCUGUGUAACUGAGACAUGGCUGAGCGAUGGUGAGUCUAGUGCUUUCACUGAAUUUGUACACCAAGAUUGCCGCUACUUGAACUCCCCGCGAACAUCUGGCUGAGGAGGAGGAAUAGCGACUGUAUAUAAGAGUCAUUAUAAAUGUAAACAGAUUUUGUUGUCCUCCGCUUUCAGCAGCUUUGAACUGAGUUUAUUUGAGAUGGGUCGCCCCCACACAGUGUUGUGUGCGGUGGUCUAUCGGCCCCCCAAGUACAAUAAGGACUUUUCAAAUGAUUUUUCUGAUUUUCUGGCUGAAAUCAUGCCUAAAUAUGAUCGUGUUCUUAUUGUUGGGGAUUUUAAUGUUCAUGUGUGUUGUCCUGAUAAGCCAAUGGCAAAAGGGUUUUUAAACCUAAUUGAUUAUUUUAAUCUUGUGCAAUAUGUGUCUGGACCCACACACACAAGAACAUGGACACACACUUGAUCUUGUUUUAUCAUAUGGUUUGCCUGUUCUUAAUCUAGAGAUAUGUGAUGCAGUGUUUUCUGACCAUAUGCCUGUAUUAUUUGAGACUGCUCUUGCCUGUCAUACAGUUAAACCUCGCGCUGCUG